AUGGAGAGCGGUGGAUCGGUGCCAGAAGAUCUUUCAGGUCCAGGUCCCUCGUCAUGGCAGCUCGUUGGAGUUCCUGGAUCAACCGCCAAUGGUGGCCACGCAGAACCUGACGACCACGCGGGUCGCCACCAGCACCGCGUCAUAUCAGAAAGCUCUUCCAGAGUCCACCUUCUCACGGUUCUCUGGUCCAUUGCCCCGACAGACCAACGAGAGACGCCGGUGGAAAAGGCAGCCGCGUCAGGGCGACGACGCUGGCCGGUCGAGACCGCCGGCGUCGCCCCACCGGGGGUUAGCCCUAACGGUGCCAUCCCGAAAGAUGAAGCCGAAGUUGGAGAACUGGAGAUCGGAGAUCUGACAUAUCAUCAACUCAACUCCACCACGCGUCCUCCCAGCUUGCGAAUGGUCGACUGGUCUCGACAAUUCGAGACCGUCGACCUGAACUCCACCAGGAUGGUUAAAUACCCUCCUCUGCGCUCUUGA